AUGAGUUCCCCGUAUUACCAAGAGGACGUGGUGGCCUACCGCUCUUUGAGCACCAUUAAGGGAUUGGAAUGGCGGCACUUGAAAAAGAAAUGUCGAAGUCUCCGCUUAGAAACGGCAUGUUCUCGUCUUCGGGAGAUGGCAAUGAUAUCGAAUGUGGGUCGAUUAAUGUGGCACAUUGAACUGCUGAUGAUCAUUCACAUUAUUCUGUUGCUGUCGUUACUCAAGGAUGUUGUACUAGUCUCAUUGGUCCCCUACUUUGUAGUAAUGAUAUUUACUCCAUUUAUAAUGAUAGGCAGCAUGCAGGAUGACGUUUCGUCGACCAUCCAUAUGGUCAUCUCAUGGUUGAUGGCUUUUUUUCUAACUUUUAUGGACAUUUUUUCGGACCUCCUAGGAGCUAUCCACCGUGGAGCGGCCUACCCCAUAGUGCCCAACUAUGAUCACUUGGUGCUGCUCUAUAUCUACAUGGCUCUACCGAUUGCAUUCUUUAAGGGCUGCUCGGCAUAUAUCCUGGGAUUUUCGGUUUCCCUAGUUUAUGUCUGCUUCGUUUUAUACAUGCAGUACCUCAACGAUCAAAUUUCGUUUGCCCUGCUAAGCUCCUAUGCAGUCUAUUUGUUUAUUCUUAAUUUAAUAUUUUCGUAUUUUACUGUAAUUCGGGACUAUGGUAUUAGACGCUCGGUACUGAGUCGCUACCAGUUGGUAUACCAAAACAUUGUCUACCAGACUGUAAUGAAAAAAGAAAAGGCUCUGUUGGAGUCAAUCCUGCCUCGCAGAAUGGUUCGAACACUGCAGGAAGAAAUCUGCAACCGUAUCGAGGAUCAGGAUAAGAAUAUCACUCCCCUUAUGUCUACUUCACGAAAGCUAUUCUUGGAGCCCUAUCCAGAGGUUUCCAUUUUGGUGGCUGACAUGGUAAAUUACACGCAUUUGACUACUACCCUGGAGGCACCGCAGCUUGUGGAGAUCUUGCACGACCUCUUUGUCAAUUUUGACCUUGCUGCCAAUCGCAAUAGGGCAAUGCGGAUCAAGUUCCUGGGGGAUGCCUACAACUGUGUGGCAGGCAUCCCCAACUAUUUCCCCGCCCACGCCUCCUGCUGCGUGGAUCAGGCUUUGGAGAUGAUCAAAAUCACACAGGAAAUUAGCAAUCGGCGCAACCUGGCCAUCAAUCUGCGGAUCGGGGUCCACUCUGGUGAAGUCUUUGCGGGUAUCAUUGGGCACACCAAAUGGCAGUUUGACACCUGGUCCAAAGACGUGGAUAUUACCAAUCACCUGGAGACAUCCGGACUUCCGGGACUGGUGCACGUCUCCCAACGAACACUAAGCAUGCUGGACGAGCACUAUGUAUUCAUCGAUGGAACCGAAAAGGCUAGGAAUGAUCCCGUCCUGCAGAAAGCUGGAAUCCGCACCUACCUCGUCAGCAGCCGACUGCCCGAUACAGUGGAGCCUGGGGAGCUGGACAAUGACUACAGCAACGCCUCCAUAUCCUCAUAUCGCCUCAGCUACUCUGGAUACUACGAAGAGAUCCAAAUUAAAGCCCAGCGCGAGAUGAUGAAGGAGGUGGAACAAAUGACGGUUGGCCACUGUUUCCUCGAUUGCAAGCGGAACAGGUCCUCUAAGAAAAAUGCUUCCAGCGAGGAGUACCUGUUCAACAAGAGGAUUCGCCUUUUUCUGUGCGUAUUCCGCCGUUGGAAGACUGAAUGGGCUUUUCACAACCAGCCCGAUCUGAUGAUGAAGUACACCCUGCUUGUCAUGUUCUGUGCCGGACUGGCGAUACUAUCUAUUAACUGGAUCGAAAGAGCGGACUACUUCGACCUCUAUGUAAUGUUUGGAAUCCUCUUAUUGCUGCUUAUCCUAUGUUUUCUUGCUGGGUAUAAGAAACUCAGACGGCAAUGUAAAAGACUUACACCCAUGUCGCAGCCCUCUUUUUUCUUAACCCGCUGGCUCCUCAGGAUCUCGGAACGCAUCGAGGAUUCUCUGUUCGUAAGGGUUCCAUUGACCAUUGUGGUACUGCUGCUUCUCUACGUCAUGUCCUCGCAGGUUGUGUUUUCUUGUGAUGUAGCAAAGUUGGAGCUGGGUAUUAUUGAUGCCCACCUGCACAAUGAAAAGUCCUAUGCGGAAUGCUUUGGACCCUGGACGGUGACCUAUUCAGUGGUCAUUGUGCUUAGUCUAUUAUUUGUCAUCCUGGGCUGCCCGCUUACAAUAAAGAUGAUCGUGGGAUUUCUCAUCGUCGGGCUUCACUUGGGAACCGUCCACUUCUACUAUGGAUUCGCCUUCGAGCGCUCGGAGACUACCGAUCUGGGUCUGAAAUCGGACUAUGCCCACACCUGGUACCUAGUGGCCUUCUUCAUUAUUCUAAUAUUGCGGGAACGUCACAUCAACUAUCUCAAGAAGGUUUCAUUUUUCAUGCGAGUGUGUUAUGAGGAGACUCACCAACAAACUGAUGACAAAUUACGCUCCAUCAAGAUAAUUAUGGCCAACAUCCUGCCUUCCCACGUGGCCGAGGUGUACAAGGUGCGGCGACCCAACGAUAAGCUCUACUCCGAGACCUUCUCCAAGGUGGCCGUGAUGUUCGCCUCCAUCGAGAACUUCAAUGCGGACACGGCGGGUCUGAGGAUACUCCACGAGAUCAUCUGCUGCUUCGACGAUCUCCUGGUCAACUACCAAAUGAGGUACAAGAUCGAGAAGAUAAAGGUCAUGGGUUGGACUUACAUGGCGGCCUGCGGUCUCGAGGUGGACCACUACGCCGACUUCUCGAUUGACAUGCCAGUAAAGCCACCUGAAGCGGAUUCGGAAACGAGGCGCAGAUCUAGCGUACUGACUGUUCAUUUUGGUAGUACUGAGGAUGAUGAGAUGAGUGGCGAUACUGUCAGCCAGCCAUUUGCCCUAGUUCAAGAUGCUGCCGUCCUGGUGAUGACAGAAUUCGCCUUGGACUUACUCCGCAUCAUGUACGAUCUUCGGUACAACUACGUGUUUUCAGAGUACGACACUUUUCAGUCGGGCAGCCUCAAGAUCGGCAUAUCCCAUGGACCCGUAAUGGCCGGCGUUGUGGGACUCUCGAAGCCCCACUAUGACAUCUGGGGGCAUACCGUCAAUAUGGCCUCUCGGAUGACCUCCACUGGUCUGCUGGACAACAUCCAGGUGACCCGGCACACGGCCAAGGUGCUGCGGCAGUUCAACAUCCGCUGCAAUUACCGGGCCCACACGGAGGUUAAGGGAGUGGGCAAGGUGCCCACCUAUCUGGUGGUCAUAGAUCCGAAUCUCACUUUUCAGGAUCACGACCAAGCUAGCAUGAGCAUGAAGAGCUCAAAGAGCUUGAUUAUCAAUCCACUGCUAUUCGAUCCGAGCUACGAGGCUACCAAGUCUUCCACCUCAGGGGAAGAGGAAGACGGAGCAGAGCAGGAGGAUGAGGAACAGGACUCAGAGGAUGAGGAUGAACUGGAGGAGCGCCAAAAGGCUGGCAGUAUCCUAGUCAACGGGGACUUGUAUUAA